CACGCCCACUGAUGCCAGUGGAGAAGUCAUUGAGUGGUUAAUACAUUAUGGAUACCUUCCACCUGCUGAUCCUACUACAGGCCAACUACAGACGUGGGAAGAUGUGACUACAGCCCUUCGUACGAUGCAGCGUUUUGCUGGCAUUGCAGAAACUGGGAUUCUAGAUGAUGCCACGCUGAGUCUGAUCCGGAUGCCUCGCUGUGCCUUGCCUGAUAUUAUCCCCCACAUCCCCCCAAAGCUUUCUUUGAUGUCAAGGGCAAGGAAGAAGAGAUGGCAGAGGAGAAAAAGUCGAAAGAGGCGCAGCGUUGAUUCAGUUUGGACUAAAAGAAACAUCUCCUGGAAGGUGAAGAGCUACCCCCAAAGAGCCCGUCUCAGCCGAGAGACGAUGAGAGUAUUGAUCUAUUAUGCCCUAAAGGUUUGGAGUGAAGCUAUACCAUUAACCUUCCAUGAGGUUGGCGGCCACAAUGCUGACAUCUCUGUGGAGUUCCUCCAUUUGGAUCACCAUGACAACUAUCCGUUUGAUGGACCUGGUGGGAUGGUGGCCCAUGCUUUCUUUCCCGGAGACCCUCUGAGGGCUGGCACUGUCCAUUUUGAUGGGGACGAAGAAUGGACUUUCCGCUCACCAGAUGACUUUGGCACCGACCUUUUUGCUGUGGCCAUUCAUGAAUUUGGCCACAGCCUUGGCUUAGCACAUUCAUCUUCCAAGCACUCUAUCAUGCACCCAUAUUACCGGGGACCUGUAGGAGACCCAUUGCAAUACCAGUUGCACAUGGAGGAUCAUGCUGAAAUCCAGAAGCUUUACGGGAGUAAAGUUUUUCAAUCCCCAGAGAAGCAUGAUGUAACCACCCCAUUGCCAGGCCUUCUCUCCUUAUCACAGAAUUUCCCUGCAGUCAGACCAGGAAAAGGAUUUCCUGACCGAUGUACCUCCAACAUCGAUGCUGUUGCUCAGAUCCGAGGAGAAACAUUCUUUUUCAAAGAUCAGUACUUCUGGCGCCUAUCCCAAAGCCGGCAUCUCUCUUCUCCACAACCAGCUCUGAUCACUCGUUUCUGGCGAGGACUUCCUUCUACUCUCCGCAAAGUGGACGCUGUUUAUGAGAGACCUGCAGAUCAUCGCAUCCUCUUCUUCAGUGGACCUCUCUACUGGGUAUUUAAAGACAAUGGUGUGGAGGAGGGCUACCCUCGCCCAAUCACAGACUUUGGCCUGCCCCAAGGGGGCAUCAGCGGUGCUUUCUCCUGGCCUUCAGACCAGAAAACCUAUUUCUUCAAGGGAGACCUUUACUGGUGCUAUGAUGAGAUGACACAGCACCUAGAGGACACCUCCCCUCUCCUCCGGGAAUCCUGGGAGCAGUUCUCCUCCUCUGUUGACUCUAUCUUGAGUGAAAGUGAUGGAACACUGUAUGUUUUUAAGGGCCAACAGUACUGGAAGUUUGGCCAGGACACCCUUCAACUCCAAGAUGGAUACCCUCGUUCCAUUGCCACCGACUGGCUGGAUUGCACCACUGAGCCUCUCAGGAUAAUGCCUACUAGCCCUUCGUUGGGCGUUAGACUUCCACCCAACUUCCGAGGACCUCAGCUGGAGGUUGAGGGACGUGUGUGUUUUUGUGCUGCUUUUUCUGCCAUUUCUUCCACCUUGCUCAAUAUUUUGCCCUUGGCUGUCUUGACCCUGCAAGGACUUGCCUAG